AUGGCCCUGCAGCCUUACCGAGACGAGGAUUUAAAUUUUUUCAAAUUCGCGUCUCUUGUGUUGAAUGAAUUUCCAAACGCCCUGAGACAGACAUUUAAAACCAUGUGGGACAACACCUAUGGGCAUCGCCCUGGUUUCCAGCUCUGGGAUGAUUCCACUGCCGCGAGAAAGUUGUUUUCCUCUACAGAAGGUGGCAGAACCAGAGUUCCUAUUCAUCGAUCAUAUCUCGAAUGGGAUUGCACUGCUUUGUUUCAGGCCACUAUCUACUCGCGAGCGUUCGCCGUACAUCACAGAACGCUAAAUGACGUGUAUGUUAAGCCCCGUGGAUUAUCACAUGGCCAUUUUCACCCGUCCGUAAUGAGCACGACUAGAAACAAUGCGGAAACCUGUGCAUUAGCGAUUGAUCAGUUACGCCUUCUGAGGAAUUCCGUUUGCCACUCAACAAGUUCUGAGAUGACAAAAGUAACCUUUAGCCAAUACGUGAAACACGCCAAAGACGCGUUCCAAGCGCUGGGUGUCUCGACGGCUCCAAUUGAUGCUGUUGGUAGUUUAUUAGAGUCAGAAUUUCCCACAAGUAAAGUCCGCAGACUUGAGCAGGCUAUCAAUGAAGAGAAUAAAUCGUACAUAAAAUUUCUUGAGGGUGUGAAUUCAGACAUUGCAGAGUUGAAGAAGAAAGUGGAAAGUGAUAUUGCUAGCAAAGAAGACGUCGCCAUGUUGGCACGAAAAAUAGAUGAACUCAAAGCUAUGCAAGACUUCAGUGAUAACAAAGAGGACAUUAGUAUGUUGGUGAGGAAAGAAGGUGAGUUAAAAAGCUAGUGUAAAAAAAAAAUGCGCAACUCAAUUAACAAAGCUUAUCGAGCUAAUCUGCCCAGUUGAAAAUGUAACUGAAAUCCUAAGCAAAAUAUUUUAACCACCUCCAAAACUCUAAAUUUGAUUGUAUUGGACUUGGAAGAAAUCCACCUCUAAUCGGCUCUUGCCAAGGUUUGUCAGCAAUUUACCGAUUUCACUAGAUACAAAGCCGUGCAGCGAGGGUCUUAAUCGAGGUCGGAGAAAUAUAUAGCUCGUGAGUCAUUUGUUUGAGAUUCCCAGCGGUAGCUUUUGUCCGCUGCUGAAUAUUACUUUGCACAUCGAGUUACCGGCUAUAUCUGCGCUAUACAUGGUCAAUUUGAAUUCCCUAUAAUUUCGUCAUCAGUAAGGUUAAUUACUUCUUGUUAUGCCUCCCUGACGUUGUUGCUAUACCGGCGGUUCCAUAAAAGAUAAAAAAUCUCAAAACAGAAAUGAAGGGUAUGCAUCCCAAACUCUGUGCCAGAAAGCCCAGACACUCCAGGGGCCGGUUUACCUUCCUCCAAUUCCGCCAGGAUCAUUACAUCGCUACUUUUUCCAGUACACUUGUAUCGAAUAACUCAACUAAAAAAUUUGUUCUCAUUACCCAAAUAUCUGAUAUUCAGUUGCUUUUUUCUCCUUUAAGAUAUCCCAAUAUCACCACCGCAAUCAAAGUUAAAGGUUGGCAAUCGUUUUGUUGUAAACAGUUGUAAACUGGGAAUCGAGAAACGUAAGAAUUACGAUCUCCAAUCAGCUCUUCAAGCUCAUCAGCGUACCCUGGAAAUACGUAUUAAACUGUUUGGGGAAAAACACCAAAGUACGGCUGACUGUUACUACGAACUGGGGAUAACACAGGAUGAACUAGGUGACUUCGAAGCAGCUCUGCAGUCUUACCAGCGUGCGCUGGAAAUACGUAUUAAACUGUCUGGAGAAGAACACCAAAGUACGGCUGACUGUUACUACUCACUGGGGAUAACACAGUAUAAACUAGGUGAUUUCAAAGCAGCUCUUCAAUCUCACCAGCGUGCCCUGGACAUACGUAUUAAACUGUCUGGAGAAGAGCACCAAAGUACUGCUAACUGUUACUGCGAACUGGGGAAAACACAGCAUAAGAUGGGUGAUUUCAGAGCAACUCUGCAGUCAAAACAGCGUGCGCUGGAUAUACCUAUUAAGCUUUUUGGAGAAGAACACCAAAGUAUUGCUGACUCUUACUACUCACUGGGGAUAACACAGCAUGAACUAGGUGAUUUCAGAGCAACUCUGGAGUCAAAACAGCGUGCGCUGGACAUACGUAUUAAACUUUUUGGAGAAGAACACCAAAGUACUGCUGACUCUUACUAUUCACUGGGGAUAACACAGCAUAUACUAGGUGAUUUCAAAGCAGCUCUUCAAUCUCACCAGCGUGCGCUGGAUAUACGAAUUAAACUAUUUAAAGAAGAACACCAAAGUACUGCUGACUCCUACCACUCACUGGGGAUGACACAGCAUGAACUAGGUGAUUUCAAAGCAGCUCUGCAUUCAAAACAGCGUGCGCUGGAUAUACCUAUUAAACUUUUUGGAGAAGAACACCAAAGUACUGCUGACUCUUACCACUCACUGGGGAUGACACAACAUGAACUAGGUGAUUUCAAAGCAGCUCUUCAAUCUCACCAGCGUGAACUGGACAUACGUAUUAAACUGUUUGGAGAAAAACACCAAAGUACUGCUGACUGUUACUACUUACUGGGGAUAACACAGCGUAAGCUGGGUGAUUUCAAAGCAGCCCUUCACUCUCUCCAGCGUGCGCUGGACAUAGGUAUUAAAUUGUUUGGAGAAGAACACCAAAGUACUGCUGACCCUUACCACUCACUGGGGAUAACACAGCAUGAACUAGGUGAUUUCAAAGCAGCUCUGCAGUCAAAACAGCGUGCGCUGGAUAUACGUAUUAAACUGUUUGGAGAAGAACACCAAACUACGGCUUACUGUUACUACAAACUGGGGAAGACACAGCAUAAGAUGUGUGAUUUCAAAGCAGCUCUUCAAUCUCACCAGCGUGCGCUGGAUAUACGAAUUAAACUAUUUAAAGAAGAACACCAAAGUACUGCUGACUCUUACCACUCACUGGGGAUGACACAGCAUGAGCUAGGUGAUUUCAAAGCAGCUCUGCAUUCAAAACAGCGUGCGCUGGAUAUACGUAUUAAACUGUUUGGAGAAGAACACCAAAGUACUACUGACUCUUACCACUCACUGGGGAUGACACAACAUGAACUAGGUGAUUUCAAAGCAGCUCUUCAAUCUCACCAGCGUGCACUGCAUAUACUUAUUAACCUCUUUGGAGAAGAACACCAAAGUACUGCUUUCUCUUACCACUCACUGGGGAUCAUACAGCAUGAACUAGGUGUUCAGGGCGUGAACUAGGUGUGCAGCUCUUUAAUAUAAUCUUUCCAGCGUGCGCUGGACAUACGUACUAAACUGUUUGGAGAAAAACACCAAAAUACUGCUGAGCUGUUACUACUUACUGGGUAUAACACAGCGUAA